AUGGAAGGAAAUAAAAAAUCACCAACGGUUACAAAUAUAUUUAUAUUUACAUUGUAUUUUGUUAUUGUAUUAUCAGUUGGUUGUUUUUUAUUUUUUAAUGGCUUCUUAUUAAUGAGGUACGAAUUACCUUUAAAGAGCCAAUGUAAUCAAUCACCAUUACCCAACCAACUAUCAGAUAUAAAUGGAUGCUGGAUGAAUAAGACAUUCAACAAGGCGGUUAUUAUAGUUAUAGAUGCAUUACGAUACGAUUUUUUAGAAGAGCAACCAGUAAAUGACAGUAAAACAUCCAUUUAUUUCCACAAUAGAUUACCAUCCAUUCAGAAAUUAAUAAAAGAUAAACCAGAUAACACAUUGUUUUUUAAAUUUGUUGCAGAUUCACCAACAGUAACAAUGCAAAGAAUUAAGGGUAUCACAACAGGAUCAUUACCUACAUUCAUCGAUGUUGGUUCGAAUUUCGGUGGGGAAGCUAUAGUCGAAGAUACUCUAGUUAACCAAUUGGUUUUUAAAGAUUCAAAUAAAGAGAAAGGAAUCGAUAAUUUAAGGAAUAAAGUUAUUUUUAUAGGUGAUGAUACAUGGGUAUCACUGUUCCCGAAUCAUUUUUAUCAAGAGUAUCCCUAUCCUUCGUUUAAUGUUAAAGAUAUUGAUACUGUGGAUAAUGGUGUAUUAAAACAUUUGCUACCAACAAUUACUCAGAUAGAUGGUGAAUGGGAUGUUGCAAUUUCGCAUUUAUUAGGUGUUGAUCAUGUUGGCCAUACUUUUGGUCCUGAUCAUCCAGAAAUGAUUAGAAAAAUGAAACAAAUGGACGAAUUUUUAAUAUCUAUUAUAGAUAAUAUUAAAAACGAUACAUUAUUUAUCUUAAUGGGCGAUCAUGGUAUGACAAGCGAUGGCAAUCAUGGAGGUGCAUCAAUAUUAGAAACAGACGCAGCAUUGUUAAUGUUUUCACCAAGUAUCAGGUUAAAUAAUAGUAAAGAUAUACCCAAAGAAAUUUUAAAAUCAAGACUAUCAUCGGUACCUUUAGAUCAUUAUAACAGUCAUAUUCCACGUGAUAUUAGCCAAAUAGAUUUGGUUUCUACACUAUCGUUAUUACUUGGUGUCCCAAUACCGUUUGGUAAUUUAGGAAGUAUUAUCCCCGAAGUUUUCUAUAGCAGCGUUAAUAGCAAUAAUAAGCAAGAUCAUUGGGAUAAUUUAUUUAAUGCAUUAAGAAUAAACACUUUUCAAAUUAAAAGAUAUAUGGAGUCAUAUUCAAAUAUUUCAAAAGAUUUCCCAAAAUAUAAACUUAAUCAUUUUAAACAACUUUUAGAUAAAACAGAAUCACUCUAUGAUCAAUAUAUAAAUAAUAAAAAUCAAAUAGAUCCAGCAAAGGUGUAUAAUAGUUAUAUUCAAUAUCAUCAAGAAAUUAUCGAACUAUGUAGAGAUAUUUGGGCAACUUUUGAUUUGUUCUCUAUGAACUGUGGUAUUCUUAUUAUUCUUUUAUCUGGUAUUUUAAUAUUGGUAUUUAUAGUUAAAAUAAUGAAUUACAAUCAAGUUUUGCAAUUCCCAUAUAAAAGAGUUUUAGUUUCAAGUAUUUUUGGGCUUCUUUUAUCGCUUCCAAUAAAUUUUAUGUUUAAUCCAAAUGAAGCUCUAACCUAUACAAUUAUAACAAUCUUUUCAAUUUUUGGUUUUAUUUAUUAUUUAAUUAAAGAUUUAAAAUCAACAACAACAACACCAAAAUCAGUCAUACCGACUACAGAAACUUCAGCAUCAAAAAAAACAACUAAAAGCCUAAUAAUUUAUUUUUUCACAUUAAUAAUUCCAUUAAUAACCUUUAUAUUGCAUGGUAUAUCAUACACAUCAAAUAGCUUUACAGAGGCUCAGCAUAAUGUAGUUUAUUAUUUUGAAAUUAGCAAUAUUGUUUUAACAUGUAUCAACUUAAUUUAUCAUCAACCAAACUGGACUAAAAAGGAUAGUCUCCUAGUAUUUAUAACACUGUUUUCAAUGUUUUUAACCUCGCCUACAAUCUGGAAUGUAAAGAUCUCAAUUAUAUUCGAAUACUUUAAUCCGACACCAACAUCGGUGUUUAUUGAAAACCAAUUAAAAUUAACAAUUCUAGAAAAUUUAAUAGAAUCAUUUUGGGUAUUACCAAUUAUAUAUUUUAUAUGGAAAAGAAUUUUUAAAGAGACCAAUAUUAAAUCUUCAAAAUCACCAAUCAUUCAUCACAUAUUCCUGGUUAUAAUUUUAAUUUCAAUUACAAUCUUUUGGUUUUUUAUCCAACCUUUGGUUUCAAAUGGUGUUCAGCUACAUUGGUUACUAAAGAAUAUCUUCCCAUUAAUAGUCUAUUCACUGUCAAUUAUUGGUGUAUUUCAUUCAAUAAGUCCAAGCAAUAGGCAAACACAACCCAAUAAUGAUUAUUUAAUUAUAGAAUCACUAUUUAAAAGAUUGGUUUAUAUUUCGCUAUAUUUCUAUUUAGUUAUACUCUUAUUAUUAGGCAUAGAUAAUUCAAGGGCAACUUUAUUAAUGCUUAUUCAAAUUAUCUCGAUUAUCUUAUUAUUAUCAAAAAUCUACAAUUCAUAUAAUGGUAUCAAUAAUAAUGAUAGUUUUAAUAGAAAGUUAUUCAAAUAUUAUUUCAAUUUUAUAGUUUCGAUUUUGUUUGGAUUCUUAUCAAUAAAUCAUUUUUUUACAAGUAACCACGAACACUCAUUUAGCAAAAUUCAAUUCGAAAGUGCUUUUAUCGGCUUUGAUGAGCAUUUUUAUCUAAGAGAUGGGGUUUUAGUUAUAUUAAAUACAUUUUCAGCGCCUAUAAUAAUAACAUUAUCAUUACCAAUUUUAUUAAUUUAUUCAAAAUAUUUUGUUUUUUAUAAAAAGAAACCAUCUGCCACAGAAAGAAACCCAGAAUUUAAAUCUUAUCAAAACCUAAACGAAUUUUUAAUAUGCUUCUUAAUACUAUUACUGUUUUAUUGGUUUAAUACUUUACUUGUUUCCAUCUCAGUUUAUACUCUUAGAAGACACUUAAUGGUAUGGCGUGUAUUCUGUCCCAAAUACAUCUUUGAAACAGUUCAACUAUUAGUUGUCUCAAUUUAUAAAGAGAAAUCUGUAUGCGUUAAAAUUUAUAAUAACUCAAUCUAUAAUAACAGUAGAAACACACAAUAUUUCUUUAAAUUGUUACCAAAGCUCCAAAUCGAAACUACAUUGGUUUAUUACAACAGAACAUAUAUAGAGUUUGACACAAAAUAUGUGCGAACAGCCAAUUUUACUUUAUACGAUGAUCUUAUGUGCAAAAAUAAAAAGGAGACUUAUACACCCAUAUGCAACAGUGAAAAAUGUGUUAUUGAAUUGAAUGAAAAUCAAAUAAAAAAUUUUUAUGGGAAUUGUAUUGAAAGAUGUAUAGUUGCAAUCAAUGGUAAUAGUUUUUGUAAUCAACCAAUUGACGCUGAUAACUACAUGUUUCCAAUAAAUUAUGCUCUCUCUGCAUUACCAUCAACUGAGGGUGGUAAACUUCAACUUACUGGUAAUUAUUUAAGAAAUUAUGUUGAUGAUUAUUACAUAGUAGAAGGGGCUAUUAAAGGAAAACAAUUGAAAUUUAGUGUUGAUAAAGAGAAUUACGACCCUGAAAAUUUAACUGUAAACUUCCCACCUGGUUAUGGAACUUUUAGAUUGUAUCCUGAUUCUUCUCAAAGUAGUACAAUAAUGUAUAUAGGCUAUGCUCCUCCUUAUAUUUCUCAGUGUAAUUAUAAAGACUCAACAAUCACUUUAAAUGGUUUGAAUUUUUAUAAUAAUCCCUCAGUUGCCCAGGUUACUGUAAAUAAUGUAAAUACACCAAUUGUUUCAAUAGAUCAUCGUUUAUUAAAACUAAAUUAUGUUACUGAUUAUUCUCAAAAAUUAAAUGUAAAUGUAACCAUUGGGGAUAUUUCAUUAGAAAAUAUAUAUACAUUUGAUAUUAAACCACAACCAGUAUCGAUUAGUACAACUGUAUCAACUUCAAAAUAUAAUAGUGCUAAAAUAGAUUAUGUUGAAAGUACAACUGAAAUAAAAUUUAAAUAUGGAGUGCCUCAUUUUACAUCAACAAAUGCAAUCCAAAUUGAUAGAACAAAUGAAUUUUCAAUAACUGGUAUUAACUUUGGUAAUAUUAACGAUACUAAUGGAACAGUUAUACUAAAUAUAGAUGGAAAAGUAAAUAAUGAUAUUAUAACUACAUCAAUAAGUAAUGAUGAAACUAAAUUAUCAUUUAAAUUACCAAAUAUAUGUGAAACAUCUGUAAAACUAUCAAUUGAAGUUAAUGGUGUUAUUUCAAAUAAUAAUGUAACAAUAACACCACAACCUACAUUUAUAUUAGCUCCAUCAAGACCAUUAACAAAUGGAUCAUCAUUAUAUAUUGACAAAUACUUUUCAUGUAAAGAGACUAUUACCAAACCAUCUAUUACAGUUGGUAACUCUAAUAAUCAUAUCUAUUGCACAUUAAUUUCAAAUACUGAAACAAGUUGUAAUGUCGGUGCUGGAACUGGUAAACAUUCAUUUAAAUUUUAUGUUGAUGGUAUUGAAAAAAUCAAUUCAUUUUUUGAAUAUGCACCACCAACACUUGUAUCACAUAAUGUUAAUGGAUUAAAAACAAUUACCUUAACUGGUUAUAACUUUGGUAAUGAUUCAUCAAAAUGUAAUUUAAUAUUUGCAAAAAAAAAUGUAACAUGUAAAGUUAUCAGUGAUACAACUAUAACAUUCGAUGCAAAUUCACAAUAUGAUUAUGGCAAUGUUAAUCUUAUAAUCGAUAGUAUUCCAAUGUUAAAUGAAAACUAUAAAAUAAUGUUAUCAUCAAUAAUUGGAUUGGUAAAAGAUAAAAAUAUUUCAACAAGAAAUGGAACAGUGUGUAUAAGUGGUUCAAGAUUACCUGAAACUAAAUCUAGUGUCAACAAUUUAAAUAAUGUUACAAUUGAAAUUAAAUCACAUUUAAAAGGCGGUUCAAAUACAUUUAAAGAUUAUAAUGUUUCAAAUAAUAUGAUUUGUAUAUUAUUAAAAGAUGGAUAUGUUGGUACAUUUGAUUUAUCAGUGUUCAUCUAUAAUGAAUUCAUUUCAAAAUAUACAAUAUCAUAUAAUAAACCAUCAUUUAAUAAUAGUUUAAUUAAUAUUAAAGAUGGUGGUAAUAAUAAUUAUCAGCUUGAAGUAUAUGGUAAUGAAUUCGGGGAACCAUUUGAAAUUCAUUUUAAUACAUCAAAAGGUGAUUUAAUAAUGAACUGUACAUUCAAUAUAUCAAUUCAACACAAUAAUAAUGAUAUAUACAAUUGUAGUUAUUCAAAAAUCAAUAUUGAUUCAAUUAAAGAUGGUAAUGAACAAUUAUACUUAAAAAUCGGUGAAUCUAAAUAUCCAAUCAAUUCAACAUUAAAAUUUGAAAACAAAAAGUCUAAUAACAAAAGUAGUACAUUGAAGAAAGCAUUAAUUCCAACAUUUGUUGGUGGUGCCGCAUUGUGUGCUGCUGCAUUUAUUGGUUAUAAAUAUAGAGAAAAUAUAUUUAAAAAAAUUGAUAAACUAAAAAAUGGUAAAUCAAAUGUAUAA